CUUGCUUUUUGGCGGGCUAUAAAAAAACUGUUGGCUUACAACCAAAGUCUGCAUAGGCAAACAUUACCUUGUAAUCUUCUUCUUCCUCUGAGUCACUACUGAAUAAUCGUUUUUCUUGAGGCAUAUUUAUAUUUUUUUUAAAAAAAAAAGGGAAAGAAAGGGAAGAAAAAAAAAUUAUGCUUGUCGCGACUCAGAAACGUAAAUCAAGUCACUGUUCAGUCUUUAUCUGCUUUUUCCAUAUUUUCAAAUAACUCAAUGAGUAACAGAUUACCGAUUUCUCUCUCUCCUUCUUCGUCUACCUCUAAUAAAGUUGCCUUGAAACCCAAUGAAUACACAAAAGGUCUGGACCAAGAACAUAUCGUCCGCUUGACUGAAGAUGCUUACAGGCAUUUUGCAGACUAUACCAAAGCCGAGUUAAAGUUGACGGUCCAGGACUGUCAGUUAUUGACGACCAUGAACGAAUCGACCAAGGAGAAAUAUGUUCAAAUGAGCCAAAUGAGUCAACGUUUAAUGAAGGAAAUGUCUAAACUACAAAAUGCUUAUAUGGAUUUCUCGAGUUUUAUUGAACAAAUUGAACAAGUGCAUCAGCAAUCUAUUGAAAUGGAAAAGACAGCCAAAGCGUUGGAUGAAUAUUCCAGAUAUCUAGAACUCAAGCUUUUAAAAAUCAACUCUACCGUGACUCACAAGAAAUAAAAAAACAAUCCGUCCUAUUUUAAUAGGAGAUUAAAGAACACAGGAUAUAACCUAGCGGUUUUUUUUAGUUUUUUCUU